AUGAACAAUAACAUAAGCAAAGUAUCGGAUGGUGAUUCACAUAAUAAAUCGUUCACAUUAUCACAAAAUGAUGAACAGCCUGAUAUUUUUGAUACUCGCUCGUGGCCAGCUGAUACAGGAAGAAGAUCUUUGGAACAAAAUCAACCUCCUGCAUUAUCGACUGCAACAGCAUCAGUAAAUACAACAACUGAAAUUCCAUCAGUGCUAACAUUAUUACUACCGAUGAUGAAUGGAACCGAGUCAACUUCUGUUCCUCAAACAAAACAGUCUUCUAUUAUUUUUAGCAGUAAUAACGGUGUCAUUGAUGAUCCAUUGAUUCAAUCAUUAGCUGCCGAACAAGCUGCAUCAGCACAUAAUUAUGAUCUCUUAUCACAUAGAUACAAACGGGUAAGGCGUCCAUUACGUUACGGUGAUCAAUCGACUCGUCCUUCAAAUAUUCAAUUUUUAAUUAAUGCAAAUAUAAAUGCUCAACAAACAGCAGCUGCAAAUCAACGUCUACUUUAUAAUAUAAAUAAUACGUCCGAUCUUACAGCAUCUUCCAAUGAUGUAUUUCACAAUGAUUGUGAAAAUCCUAGUAAUAUUUUUGAGAAAACCUUUCAAAAUUUUUCUUCAUUUUCCAUUGCAGAUGAUCUUCUCAAUGAUAAUACCAAUAUGAGUACUGUUUCAUUGAGUACAACGAUUGUCAAUGCAGCAUUGCAAAGCGAUACUUCACGAUUGCGUCUGGAUUGGCCAGAUAAUAUGUCUGAUUUGUCGUUCGGUAGUUUUCCAGAUUUACUUGAAUCUAAUACACUAUCGUCGACGCCAGGUGAACUGAACAAUUUUGAACAGUCGACAGUGACUAAUAUAAAUGAACAACACAAAUGUGUGUCUGAAAAUUCAAUAUCAGAUGCAGUAUUUGCCAUCAAUAAUACAACUAAUUGA